GACAAGCAAGGAACAAGGUCGAACGUCCUUUUAUAGGUUCUUUUAAACUUUAUUUUAUUUUUUUUUCUCUUGCCACACCGACACAUUCUGCCAUUGAAAGCCGUGUUUUGUUUUGUCUGUAGAGUUUAGCAUUGCUCUCUGCGUGUUUUCAAUCCCAGCCAAAGCUGCGCGACUUUGCUCUGUGUCGCAUGUUUGUCUUAUCUUUUAAGCCAAACGCACUUACUUAGACAUGCGUCCAUCUGUGUAGUGAGAUGUGGUGAGUGUCUUAUAUAGCAACAUUUCGUCAACAUUUCUCAGACGGGUCAUAAUGUUGCCAUACGUUCUCUUGGGUUACUUAGUUUUUAGCAACAGCUCCUUGUCACAUGAGGAGAAAUGCAACGUCUUAAAUAAUGGCUCUGCAUGUGCAUCUAACAUGUCUGUGGACUGGAUAGGAUACGGAUAUGCCACUCUAGUGGCAUCCGGGGGAGUCGUUGGUUACGUGAAAGCAGGCAGUGUUCCCUCACUGGCUGCUGGUUUGCUCUUUGGGGGACUCGCAGGUUUUGGAGCCUACCAGAUCUCCAACGACCCGAAUAAUGUUUGGGUGUCUCUAGCUACAUCCGGAGCUCUGUCUGCCAUCAUGGGGAAGAGAUUCUACGGGUCGAGGAAGUUCAUGCCAGCUGGUUUGAUGGCAGGAGCAAGCCUGCUGAUGGUGGGGAAGCUUAGUUUGACGUUGCUCCAGAAACCUACAGCGUCCUCAUGAGGUUGAAGCUGUUCAAAAACAGUUUUCAGCUUUUAUCUGGUCAUGUUAUGGAGCAUCCUCUCGGAAUUUGACAUUCUGUGUUACUCUGGUCAAAAAUGUUUGAUAAUAAAAUGUAUAAUUUGUACAGAAA